AGAACAAAAAAUGAGAAGUUUACAAAGGAGAAAGUGCAUGAUUGUUGUAUUAGCUUUACUUGGGAGUUUUUACUUCUACUUCAGACAUUACAUUAUUGAAGAAAAGCAAGAUUCUGUCCGGCCUAACCACUCAGUGAAUAAGUUGCAUGAUCCUAUUAACAUUACUAAAGAAAUGAAACUUCGGGCGCUUCAGACAAGAGAUGUUAAACGAGAAAUAAGUGAGCUUUGGCGGGCUAUGAACAGUGGAUUUGAAUCUGUAAAAACUGGUCGGGAAAAUGCAGCGAAUGUGAAGGCCUUGCUACAAGAAAGAUUUCAGGCAUUAACAAUAGAAGUUAAGAAUUUAAUUGCGUACGACAAGACAUGGCAAACCAAGGUUGCGGACCAAGCAAAAGAAAUAAUUAAACGGAAAAUUGAAUCCAAUCAGAACCCUCCAGAUUGUGAAACUGCCUCCGUAUGUAUGACAUCGUAUUCUGGCUGCGGUUUUGGCUGCAAGGUUCACAUGUUUGAAUGGGUGAUGUCGCUCUCUUUAUUUUUAAAUAAAGUCAUUAUAUUUGAUAAUUCAUCUUUUGGGUACACUGGAAAUAUUACUAACGACCCAUUUAAAGCUAUAUCUCCAUGUCAAAAUCAAAAUUACAACAGAAGUGACUUCAGAAGUAUGUCAUGCUUUCUCGAAGAAUGCAGUUUUGUAAACGAUGGUACAGUAUAUUCAAAAACUACGGGGGGAGAUGUAAUAGACGAAAAGUUUGUUUAUAUUCAUACCAAAUUGCGACCACGAGCAUCUGGCUUGAAACCACGUUAUACAACUGUCGACUUUUGGAGUCGACUUUACAGUUUCCAUGGCAACCCAAAGGCGUGGAUCACAGGACAUCACAUUCGCUACAUUUUGCGACCAAAACCUGUAAUGGAAGAUAUAAUUCAAAAAUCUGAAAAAAAUGUAAACUUCUCACAGCCAAUAGUUGGCAUUCAUAUCCGACGCACUGACAAGCUGACAAUGGAAGGGGAGAAUGCGAGGUUCAUCUCGUUGCAACAAUAUCUGCCCCAUGUUGAUCAAUGGUACGACAAGUACGACUUAAGCCAAAGAAGAAAGAAUAUUACCAUACCAACUGAACGUAGAAUAUAUUUGGCAACUGACGAUCCUUCAGUUUGGGAGGAAACGAAAAAAUUAAAAGGUUAUAAGUUUUUUGGUUUUCAAAAUCUGGCACGCAUCGCUUCGAAUUUGACAUCACGAAGCACUUUGUUUGGGUUAUUAGGAGUAGUUGUUGACGUCACAAUGCUUUCAAAAUGUGAUGCUAUGGUUUGCUCGCUGUCUUCAGAGGUUGCAAACUUGGCCUUCGAGUUGAGACAAACGCAACACCUCGAUGCGUCUAAUGACGUCAUACCAUUGGAUCUCGGAUAUGGAUAUGAAUUCCUGGUUAGCAGAGUUCAUAUUGCGGUUUAUGCGCACAAAGCAAAAGUAAAAGCAACAAACGAAACCUUUGACGAAAUUGAACUAAUGCAAGGCGAUAUCCUUUUUACCAUCACAAACUGGUGGAAUGGUUUCUUCAACGGAAUAAACGAACGAACCGGAGAGAGAGGUCUCUAUCCAACCUACAAAGUUAAAGUCCAUCACAAUUUUAAUUUCGAAAAGUUCGAGCAUCGAAUUAAUGAUUUAACGGAGACGUUUGGCCCUUCUGCAGGACUUGCAAACUUUGCAAAAGCAUAG